CUGCAUAGAAUCCGGCGUUAGAUUGAAUGAAAGUAUUUUCUUGGGGGAAACUUUCCUGAGAAACAAACAUGCCUUCCACGUUCACAAAAUUAGCGAGUAGCAAUGCAGCAGCAGUCGUGAUACUACUACUUUCUGUGGCUCUAGUAGUUUUUACGAGUAAUAUGACAAAACCCAAUCCCAAAGAAGCUUCAACGGCGAUCAUCGAGAUUUUUGGAGUGAAGAUUCACAGGAACCCUCCUCAGGCCACACUCACCGAUCUGGGUGUCACUUCUUGGAAAAAGUGGGGAUGCUCUCCAAGCAAAUUCCCAUGGACAUUUGAAGCUAAAGAGACAAUGUAUCUGCUGGAGGGAAAAGUGAAGGUUUACUGUGAUGGGCAUGAUGGAUUCUUUGAAAUUGGAGCCGGUGAUUUGGUUGAGUUCCCCAAAGGAAUGAAAGUCACUUGGGAUGUCACUGAAGCUCUGAACAAGCACUACUCCUUGGAGAAGUAAUGCACCUAAGCCAUGAACUUUUCAUCCUAUCUUAGACUGCGAAGUGUAUCAUACUUCCGCUACAUAACACUCUUAGGCAUGCAGCAAUACCUUUUAAUAUCAGGGAUUUAUCCAAGUAUGUUGAAUUUUUGCAUCUAAGGCCUCCAUAUCUUGCAAUACAUGUUUGUUGAUGAGAAUCCUUAUGUUGCAAUUCUUAUUCAUGUCGGGGAUUGUCUUUACAUGCUGCAAUUCUGAUC